CCAUUUCAGCCCAGUCUGUCUGUCUCCCGGGCUCCUCCAGUUCCUCCAGCUCCAACAACACUGCUCUACAUUACUCUAGCUUCAUUUGGCUUCUUCACACCACUUUUGACACUUUGACAGGAAACUUUUACCCAUUUUCUUUAGCAAACCACAACCUAUUCAUUUGAUCACUUUCUCCCAUUGGCGCCGGGUUUCUGCAAAUGCUGUUUGUAAAACUUUUUUUCCUGCUAACUUGCAUGCGGAGUCUGAAACAAGCAAAACUUUUAUUUAGUGAUCAUUCCCAUUGAGAGAAAGAAAGCAUCUCUCUGAGGCCAUGAUGGUGAACUGAGCUCAACACAACAGAGACGGUGAAGCAUCGCCUGCAUCUUCUCUCUGCUCUUUGUUGCAUCUCUAACUAACUCUCUCUGGGAUGUAAGAAGACACUCAAGCUGUUUUUUCUUUUUAUCCAUAAAGGAAUAAACUUUUUUUCCCCCUUGAGGAGAAACUAUGGCGAGACUUUUGUUGAACAUGCGUCUUGUUCUGGCUCUGUUGGGAUUAUUUUUGCUUUCUUGUCCAUCUGUGAGAGGCGAGCCGGAGCAGCCGGACGAGGAGGAGGAGGAGAGCUCCUGUCAGGGCGCCUUCGACCUGUACUUCGUGCUGGAUAAGUCUGGCAGUGUGAAGAAUCACUGGGAGGAAAUCUACUACUUUGUGGAGAAUUUAGCUGAGAAAUUCAAAAGUCCCAUGCUGAGGAUGUCCUUCAUAACAUUCUCCUCCAGAGCAUCCACCAUCAUGAAACUGACGGAAAACAGAGUGGACAUCAGAAAGGGGCUGAACGCUCUGAAAAGAGAGAUUCCUGGUGGAGACACAUUCAUGCACCUUGGGUUGCAGAGGGCAAACGAGCAGAUAUACCAGGAGAACUUUGGCACGGCCAGCGUGAUUAUUGCACUGACAGACGGAGAGCUGCAAGAACAUCAGCUCAUCACUGCGCAGCAAGAGGCAGAAAGAGCCAGGUCUCUUGGCGCUAUUGUGUACUGCGUUGGUGUCAAAGACUUCAAUGAGACACAGCUGGCUACCAUUGCCGACACCAUCGAGCACGUGUUUCCUGUGCUGGGCGGCUUCCACGCCCUCCGGGGAGUCAUUGAUUCGAUCAUCAAGAAAUCCUGUAUUGAGAUUUUGGCAGCUGAGCCCUCCAGUGCGUGUGCAGGAGAGUCUUUCCAAGUGGUGGUGAGAGGAAACGGUUUUCUCCACGCCAGGAACAUCAACCAGGUGCUCUGCAGCUUCAAAAUCAACGACACCAUUACAGUCAAUGAAAAGCCGGCUGUCGUAGAAAAUACAUAUUUGCUGUGUCCAGCUCCUGUCAUCAAUGAAGUUGGGAAGGUGAUUUAUCUCCAAGUGAGCAUGAACGACGGUCUGUCCUUCAUCAGCAGCAACGUGCACAUCACCACCACAGAGUGUUUUGAUGGCACCAUUCUCCUGAUCACCCUGCUGGUGUUGUUCCUCCUGCUGGCCCUGCUCUUCAUGUGGUGGUUCUGGCCUCUCUGCUGCACUGUGGUGAUCAAAGAACCACCUCCUCCACCUCCUCCCGAGCCUGACAGUUCAGAUGAUGAAGACGGCAUGCCUAAGAAGAAGUGGCCCACUGUGGACGCCUCAUAUUACGGAGGAAGAGGAAUUGGAGGGAUCAAGAGGAUGGAGGUGCGUUGGGGAGGGAAGGGCUCGACUGAAGAGGGGGCGAAGCUGGAGAAGCCAAAGAACGCUGUGGUGAAAAUGCCGGAGCAGGAGUACGAGCCCUUCGAGCCCAAACCUAAGAAAGCUCACAACAAGAAGGCACCGCAGGACCGGAAGUGGUACACACCCAUCCGGGGUAAACUGGAUGCUAUCUUGGCUCUGUUUCGCCGCGGGUACGACCAGGUCUCCCUGAUGAGACCCCAGCCCGGGGAUAAUGGUCGAUGUAUCAACUUCACAAGAGUGAAAGAAGAGUCAGCGGCAGCCAAGGCCCCACCUCGCACCCCGAUCCACACGCCCUCGCCUCCGCCACCGCCACCGGACUACCACCCCGUGGCCACCUCCCCGUCUCCCACCGCCGCCAUCCCUCCUACCAGAUCACCACCGUCAGGCCAGCUACCCCCAGGACCGCCACCGUCCCGCAUCCCCCCGGGGCUUCCCUGUGGCCCGCCAUCGCGCCCCCCGCCCACCCUUCGACCCUGAACCACGCAGAAAAAACCCUCCCAACCCCCCCCCAACGCCGCUUUGAUAUCACAGACUUACCGCUCUGUUGACCAGUUCUUUCAGUUUGAAGGUUGUGGUCGUCGCUGCCAAAGAUACUCCUGCUAUAAGCCAAAGAUCAGCAGUAUUUUCAAUCCCUGUCUUUCUGCGUUCCUCUUCUUGUAUGGGAGAGAGUGUCAAGUCAAACAGUAAGUUGGCAGUUAAAGUAAUUUUCAAACAUGCUAACACCUAGCAUGGUAAACAUGUGCAAAAUGAAGAGUGGACUCCCCAAAAUUGAAAAGUUUGACUUGGCAUUGUGUCCCACACAGAUGGUGAAUGGGGUGAUUCGGGGAAAUAUUUUACUUAGUGUUGGCGUUUGUGAGAUCAGGGAGGAUUGUUGCUGGACAGCAAGCAUGUAGGGACAGGAAGUCCAAAGAAGAAUACUGCAAUGGAUGAAAUUUCUUUAUCAACUACUGAGUUAAGCCAUUUGUUGUCAAGAGUUGAGGCGAAAAGUAGGUUGUACAUGAAAAUUGGAGUAACCAGGUAGCAGAACGGAUUGUUAUUUCUCCAUUGCUGUGAAGGCAAAUCUGAAGUUUUGGGAAUUUGAUUUUACAAAAAUUUCAAUUUGAUCACAUUGUUAACGGUGUUGAGUAACUAAGUUAAAACAUAUUUGAUUUGCUAAAAAAAAGUGCCAAAGGGAUUCUUUUUGUGAUGCUUCUUUUAUCCAACAACAUGCUAACAAAUUCCGACCCUUUAAUACAGAAAUGAUAGUUACAUGAUUUUGUGGUCCAGUUUUGUUUUUUUUACCAUUCAGUGACAGGGAAGUGUACAGAUGUUAUAUGGAAGGUAUGUUUUUACAGGAUGUGUUUGAGAUACGUUUUUGAAUGUUACGUUGGUUGAUAUCUUUUGAGGCUUUGGAUUUUGUCCUUAACCACCUUUUUUCAUGUUUCAAUGAAUUUAGAAUACAGCAAUAUAUAUAUUUUUGUUUUAUUUUUUUUGGUAUCUGCGCACAUAGACUGCUGGACAACUACACUAUGUAUUUGUUUUUGUUAGCAUUUGGACAUUGAAAUCGAACAACCAGAAAUCAGGUUCUCUCCUCACACUUUUUUUUUACACAAUCCUGAUACUGUACUUUGAUACCAAUAUGUGUGUUUUAUGUCUUCAGUUUUAUCAUCACCGGUCACAUUGCAACUGCAGGGCAGUUCAAAGAGCAUCUAAUUUAUUAUACUCCCCGAGAGAAAUAGAGGAGAGUACUUGAAUAUCGACAAGGUGUCCAACCGCCAAGACGGACACUGUGCGCAGAAUUUAGAAACACAACAGCUAGCCAGUUAAAAGUCUUAUGAGGCUUACCAGCGUUUCACAACCCCUCAGCUACACAGAGAUACAUUCAUUUGAAACCGAAUGUGAUUUAUUUGUUUAUGUUUAAAAAAAAACAUAAAAAUUGUGUGAAUCUUGGUGUGUGUUACGCGCCCCAUAGCUCCUUGCUAGCAGGUGAAAAGGUGCCGCUAGCUACAUAAACAUGUUAGCAUUGACUACAUGCUAAAUUGGGAGGGGGGAAAUGGCUCCCCAAAUAUUAGAUUUUGACUUCAGGGUGUAGAAAAGAGGUUUAAAAAUGCUGGUAUCCCUUCUAUAUCCAGUACCUUCUGGAAUUUUUCUACUCGUUUGAUUUUUUUAUACUUUCAUUUUGAUGUACGUCAUUCAGUUAUGUUGUGUACCGUUGCGUUACUACAUGCAUUCAUAAUCGCUCUCAGUGCCUUAAAGCUGAGCUAAAAGAAAGGUGCUUCACUAAUGUUAUAAAUCCAAAUACAGCUCAGUUGAGUUUGGACAAAUUUGAAUGACAAGGUGCUACUUGUUGCAAUCAUGAAAUUAAUUGGGAAGUAUAAUUACCAUAAACAAAUUAGACAUGGGUAACACAAUCACAUGUUUUGCUAGCAAUUUCUAGCAUCACAUUUGACUACAUUUCCCAUAACCCUUAAAGCCUCUGAUAAAAAAAAAAAAAGACACAUUUGAUUUGAAUGCUUGGAUGGAAACGCAAAGUAUUAUUACUUUGGACUCAGCAGUGUGCAUUUCCUUGUUUUAUCUCUGCUCUGAUCAGAACGUACAGAUAUGGACAUAGAAAUAGAACAGGAGUAGAAUGGUCAUUCCCGUUCAAAUCAACGUAGCAGGAUGGUCAGAGUGGCGGCCAUUUUUAUGUGAACCGUUGCAAUUGCAACCGUUGUAGCGGGCUAACUUCCGUAUAAACUAAACCGACUUACAGCAAGUCGUGGACUCACUGAGGUGAGGUUUUGCAGGGAAGUAGUAACGUUACAAAGCAUAGAGAGACAGAGUAAAUAAGUCAAAUUUAACAACUUAAUGCUUCAUCCACACACUUGUCACAGUGUAGGAAAGCACAUUGCUAUCCCCAGAUGAAUGACAACUUUGUUCGGCGCAUUUUCUGUGACAAAUGUAGCAUUAAAGCAUGGUUGAAUUAACUAUGUUAGCUAGCUAUUCGUCUCUUGAGCUGCGUCCACUCUCUUCUCGGCGAGCUGCGACACACUUUACGGCUCCACUGGCGUGUGUUGUCACCAUAACAACUAACAACAAUUGCCAUAUUCUUUUGUACUAGUCAAAUGACCACAGAAAUCAGUUCAAAGUCCGUUCUACUCCCAUUCUGUUUAUAUGGAUAUGGCUGGUAGAUGUUCCACUUAUUGCUGCACAAAGUCGUUGAACUAAGGUUUCAAAGAGUUACUGUUUGAGAGACUAAGAGGCUUUGUUUUUUUACAAUGUGCUAAUGCGGUUCACCUCUGUAACACCCAAGAAAGAAUUUGAGUAUAAAUGCAGCAUUGAUGAAGGAUCAGUGUUUGAAGGGGGGACUUCUACAGCGGCUAUCAGAGCUCCAUGUCAUUCCUAAUCAAGAUGAGAUACUUUAUGUUAAUCUGUGUUUUUUUUACACGUAUAAACAGCAGUACUGAAGCAAAUAUGAAAGGCGUUGACAUGACUUUUUUUUUUAAACAGUAUCAAUAAAGGUUGACAUCCAAGCUUCUACCA